AUGUUUGAAGGUUUGGUCAAGCGUAUGCUUGACACGUACCUAGCGCCAUAUGUGGACGGGAUUACACAAAAUCUUCAAAUGGCAGUCUGGUCAGGAAACAUUUCACUGGAAAACCUGACGCUUAAAGACGAUAUUACUUCAAGGUUAGCACUGCCGUUUCACCACGUUUCCGGAAAGAUAGGAAGCAUCAAUAUAAGGAUCCCAUGGGCGAGCAUAGGAACGACUCCAAUCAAGAUUGUAAUUGAUUCAGUGUACAUAUGUAUAGAUAACAGGUCGACAAAAAAGACGGACGAAGAAAUACUGGCUCAUCUGAGAAAGAAGAAGAAUAACCUGAUAAGUUUGUUGGAACAUGAGUACUUUGAACUGGCGAACCUGCAGUCAGAAGGAAAGCUGAGUUCGUCGUACAUAAUCAAGCUGUCGCAAAAGAUCCUGAACAAUAUACAAAUCGAUUUCACAAACAUACACCUGCAGUUCUUCGACGAACACAGCUCGUUCGCAUUCAAAAUCGAUUCAAUAUUCGUGAGGAAGUCGAGAGGAGACGAAAGCAUGAAGAGCCUGAGGCUGAAGACGAACGACGAGUUCAGAGAGGAGCCAGUGACGCACGUAUGUUCCCUAUUAGGAUUUUCAAUAUAUGAAACGAAGUUUAAAAUUCCAAAGGAAGAAAUAAACUCAAAGACAAUAUUACAAAUUAUAGUUGAUCAAAAUAGUUCAAAAUUAAACAAUUCUGAACAUGAAGAAAACACAGGCCUGCUGAUGUUGGAGCCACUGUCAUUCAGACUGUAUCUGGCAAUAAACGCAAAAAAUAAGUCGAUAUACGCGUCUCUGUGCAUAGGAUCGAUAGUAAAAAAUCAGUCACGCUCGACGAAAGAAGAGGCAAGUCACAGAAGCUACAUAAGGAAUAUAAGGCAAAUGGCUAACAGAAACAAUAGAGAGGCAGAUGCAGAGUAUUCGGAAUCUGAAAAGGAGGAAGAAGAUACGCUGAAGAUAGUGUUGACGAGCGACGUGAUAAGAACGUUCACGAAAAUGUGGGUGGACAUAAACACGGAUAGAAAGAGAGGAAGAAGACUGUUGAUGGCGAAGGCGAAUGAAGUAAAGCUGGACCACGAAGCGCUGAAAAAGUCGACCAAGGCAGAGUUCAUAAAGCUCUACACAAAGUAUAAAUUGAGCGCCACGGAGGGGAAGGAGGAAGACGCGCAGGAGCUGGAGCGUCUGCAGGACCUGAUCGACCUGGUGCCGGCGAGGUACAUAGCGAGGUGGAAGUUCGCGUGCAAGCGAAGGACGUCGGCACAAGUGGUGACGAAGGAAAACAAGUCGUGGUUCAAGUGGGCGAAAAACAUAGUGACGACGACGUACACAAACUACCACGCGAGUAGGAACGCCACAAAGAACGAGGAGCAGCAGAGUGGACAGGCAGACCAGGGGCGCCAGAGAAGGUCCUUCAGGUCAUCGUUCUUUUCACUAACCCUGAAUAACACCGGAAUGUACUUUGAUACGGGGUCGGGAGAUAAUGUAGACAGUGGUCGACUAGAAGGUAUGUACGAACGAGCUGAUGCGGAAAAUCAUAUUGGGCUUCUGGAAAAUCUCCCAGGAGGACUGGUGUUGACGGACGACGAGAUAAAGAUGAUCCAGGAGACGAUAAGCCUUGAGGAGUUGUUCGAGGACUCGUACACAACAAGCUCGUACUACUUCGAGUGCGUGCUGCCAGCGUUCCAGUUCAUAGUGCACAUGUUGAGCCACCAGGGAGGGAAGACUGCGAGGACCGGAGAAGACGACGUGAUGCUGAUAGAUAUACAGAACCUGCAAAGCAGGAUCUUCAUGCACGCAGUAGUGGACAUGAAGGACAAGGACAGGUACGAAGGCUACUUUGACCUUAAUCUGGACUCGUUUGACGUGGUACUGAAGGAUAAGAAGAUCAUGACGUUCUCGCAGCAAAAUUUGCCGUUCCAGUCGAUAGUGGACACGUAUAUAGACCACGAGAUGCCAGAGUCGCUGUAUAUAGGGAGGAGAGAAGAAGCAACGGGUGCCGAAGCAGACUCAGAAGGGCCGAGGCUGUUGAAGUCUAUAAGUGAGGCAGAAAACUCCAUAAUUAACCUGAGAGUGUACCACAAGAUCGCGAAGAAGGGAAACGUGCUGGUGGUUAACGGAGAACUGAGGCCAAUAGAGACGAACGUGUUCCCAGAAUUGAUACCGGUCUUCUUUGAGAUCAUGUCGCUCUUUAAGCCAAUCAAGAAGAUAUUCAAAGAGGAUUUCAAAAUGGAAGCAUACAGCUACAGCACGUGCCCUAGCAACAUCACGCUGGCGAGCGUGACGAACGAGGAGGAGGACGACGAAGUGUUGAGUAGCAGCCAAGAGGUGGGGGAGACGAUGAGAGAGCUGGAGCACGCAGGAAGCAAAGACGUGGAUUCGAUACAGUUCAUCAACUUCGACAUCAAGUUCAGCGCGCCGAUCCUGAUCCUGUACCACGAAAACAGUAAAAUAGACUUCUACUUCGGAACGCUGGUGCUCAAGUCAAACGGAGACUGCCCAAUCGCGAACAUAGACGGGACUUUGGAGCUUAAGCAGACGCAAGUGACGGUGAACCACAGAGAAAACGUGUUCAACUUCCUGAGGCCGCUGCCAGUGAAGAUACACUACUACCUGGACGUGAAAAAUGAGCUGCUGAACCUGAACGUGAUAUUCGAGGAGCUAUUCGCGCAGCUGGAGCCGAUGGCGACGAGCAUCCUCUUCAAGGUGCCGAGCGAGAUCAUCAAGAUAUUGAUCAAGAACAUGACGCAGGAGAGCCAGAGCGUAGACGAGGCGAGCGAGUUGCGAAGCAGAACCACGAGCCGAAAGGAGAAUAAGCUGAAGUACUACAAAAUAUGCUCAAACGUGCUGAUAAGGCACUCGGGGUUCGCGGUGGCGAACCUGAGUCUGCACGACAUAUUCAAGCUGGACAUGUACAACGUGUCAAUCAAGAUGACGAACACGCUCGAGAGCUCGAACUUCAGCCUGAGCCUGGAGUCGAUAAUAAUAUCGAACCCGACGACGAAGAUACCGCUCUUCAAGACGAUUAACGCAAACCCGGAGGAGGUGAGCUCGCGCUUUAGCUCAAUGGGAAGCAACGGCCACAGCGGAGAUUACGUGAUGGAGAGCGACCUGAGCAUAGUGAAGUUUUCGAGCAUCGGAGAAGGAAACGAGGGAGAAUUGAGCGUUAACGGUCUGCAGGACUGGGAAAACUCGGGCUUGAGCAAGAAGAGUAGCCUCAUAGAAAGAGAGGCGAUGGAACUCGAGGAGGAGUACGUGGACGCAGUCGAGGACGUGUCGAAGUCGCUGGACCUGGAGAUCGUGACGAACAUAGUGGAGGACACGGCGUACAACGCAGUUAACAUAAGCAUAAUAGAAAUGGAGGGAAACUGGGAGUACUCGACAAUCAAGCUGAUAGCAGACGGCUUCCAGGAGUACAAGGAUGUCCUCACCAACGACAUCGCGGACACGACCUUCACGACGAUAACGACGACCUUUAAGACGUUCAAGGACAAGUUUAUGUUCCACAGCGGAGGGACCCAGGCGAAUCAGGCGACCCGAGGAGGAAAACAGGGAGAAAGUGCACAAGAAGAAGAAGACUUGGAAGACGAUAUUGAAGGCUUCUGUAUCCACGAUGAGCUGCCGCUGCUGGAAAGUGAAUUGAAGGAGGACGGGAUGAAGGUGGUCACGAAGUGUAAACUGGUGAUAAAAGGAGCCUCAAUACUGUUCAACAACUCAACGGGAGACAUAAUAGCGAAGUUGUCGGUGGGAAGGAUAGAACACCAGCUGGCGAAGUUCAAGAACAACGAAAAGAUCAUUAACCUGGUGAUACAGACGGGGAAGCUGUACUUCGGAGGAAGGUGCAUACUCUCGCACCUGAGCACAACGUACGGAGAUGAACAAGGACCGGAUGAUGCAACGGGUGCAGAGAACUUGAAAGAGAGUGGAAAAAUGAGUUCUAGAGACAACGCGGGCACGAGUGAGAGCGAUAACCUGCUGGUACUGAACCUGAAGUGCUACAACAGCACGGAUCUGCCGUACAGCAUGUGCUUCGAGGGCAAGGUGGACAAGGUGAUAUUCGUGUACUUCCAGCACGACAUCAACAGGUUCAUGGAGUACUUCGACGACGGAAUCCUGAGCGUCUUCCUGAGCAAGUCGUACCACAAGGUGGUGCAGAGAGCGGACGAAAUGAGGUUCUUCUACCACUUCUCAGUCACAUCGCCAAUAUUCAUAUUCCCGGAAAACAAGGCGGUGCUGCCGAACGGAAAGAGCCACUAUAAGCAGGAGUUGCCGCCAGGGUCGACGCUGCCGCUGUACAGCACGGGGGGCAGGAACGAAGUGCAGAAGGGGUCGGAUAAGCAAAUACGGAACAUAGCAAACGUGGUGGACCUGUGGUACUUCGGGUCGUACGUACUCUUCGAACUGGGGCACCUGGAGUUCAAAAACAGCUACAGUAAGCUGGUGGACAAGCACAAGAGCACGAUCUUCCUGAAGAUGCUGGGAACGAAGGCGCAGAUAGUGCAGCAGAAAAGAGGCACGGCGGGAAUAGAGGGAGUGGUGCUCGACGCGACGGACCUGAAGGUGUGCACGCGGGGAAGAGACCUGAUGGAGAUAGGAGUGGACAGCGAGGCGCUGGUGACGAAGCUGACGAGGAACCAGUUGACAUUCUUAAUAGACGUCUUCAACGAGAACAUAGGAGGAGCAGUGUACAUGGUGAGCGAGGGGGGGACGAACAGCUUCACGCAGAACUUCCCGACUAAGAGGGAGUCGCGCUACCUUAUCAGGCUCUCGCUGAACAAGUUUCAGCUCUACUGCUACAACAACCUUAACAGCAACAGAGAGGUAGGGGAGAGCAGAGAGAACGGCGGGGCAGAGGAGAAGCAGGUGAGGUUUGCGAACGUGGAGGCGAGGAAGGACGACGUCAUCCCGCUGGGGCUCUUCGAGUUCACGGACAUCACGUGCUGCCUCGACUACGCGUCAAACAACGUGAAGCUGCUCUCGUACUACCAGUUCGGCUUCAUAAGCAAGUCGCUGACGGUGACGGACCUGAGGGAGAACAGCUUCAACAAGCACAAGACGCUGCUGAAGUGCAACAAGCCGAGUAUCAGAGGUACUUAUGACGGUGUAAAAAACGAUCGCGAGAAGGAGGCCAUGAGGGCGUCAGUCAACGGCCUGUUGUUCGAGUGGCUGAGGAACUACAAAAGCAGGACAGGCAAUGACUUCUUUAAGAUAAACGAAGCAAAUUUUGCAGCAAGGACGGGAUCAGGAUCGAGAGAAGAGGAGAACAAGGGGAGUGGUGAGGAGGAAGGUUUCAGCAGCGCCACGAGAACAGACUAUCAGGACGACGCAAUCAAGUGCGUGGUGAACAGCGACCCGGAGGAGAGCCUGAUCGACGUGAUCGUGUCAAACAGCGAGAUUCCGCUGCUCUUCGUGUUCUUCUUCGACCUGCUGAGGUUCUUCUCGCUCUCGUACGGAACGUCCUCGAUGGCGCUCUUCCCGAAGAUAUCGCAGGUCAACGUGGAGAGAGUGUACAUCCUGAACCUGCUGGUGAGCAAGAGCAAGUUCAUAUCCUUCAGUAAGAUGGACAAGGUGGACUGUCCGAGGCUGGAGCUGGUGACGGACUUCAUCCUGCAAAUGUACGUGAACGGGAACCUGUUCAAGUUCACGAAGCUGGACAUCAUCGACUGCCUGCUCUCGAGAGUGUACGCGAACACGAACGUGAGCCAGGUGCUCUGCGGAAACUUCCUGAUGUACGGCAAGGGGCACUACGUGUCAGACCUGGCCUCGAAGAUGUUCUUCCAGUUCACAAUCCCGCAGAUAAACCUGAGGCUGUACACGAGGGACCUGAGCAUCAUCAUCCACUGCUUCAAGAGCAUGUUCACGGACGGGCCGAGCGUUAUCCCAGUGAAGCUGGUGAACAACCAGCUUAUCGACGACAACUCGAGCAAGUUCCUGACGAUGUCGUUCGACAUUAAGGGCCUGGAAAUGCUCUUCUUCGACGACCUGAAGAAGAGCGUUAUCCCGCUGGUGAAGCUGACGGUGGAGUCGGAGAAGCUGGAGAUACUUAACCUGCCGAUCGAGAAGCGCUACUCGCUGAUACGCUGCAACUGCCACCUCUACUACUUCAACACGAACGUGGGAGACUGGGAGCCCUUCAUAGAAAAGUUCAUCUUCAACCUGGAGUACAUCACGAACCCGACGGGUAACGGGGCAAGGGCCGGAAGUCAGAUGCAGAGCAGAAUGAGCACGCAGAUGGAGAGGCUUGCGGGCAAGAGAGGAAGCGACGACGCGAUCUGGAAGGAUUUCGUGAGCGACUACCAGCUGAAGGUCACGUGCAACAGUAACCUGAUGGUGAACAUCACGCCGAACUUCUGCCAAAUGCUCCUCUACUUCCUGCCGAUCCUGAAGUCGAACCUGCUGCACCCGACCUUCAUGAAUAGUGGGAAGGUGGAGGAGCAUUCUGAUCAGCAGAGGCAGGACGGAAGAGAAGAAGACGACAUUGAGAUGUCGAACUACAGGUACGUUAACCUGACGAGCUACGAGUACUACGGCUUCAUAAUGGACGUGAACAAGAGCAGGCGCGAGGCCUUCAGCGACGUGCUUAACAUAGUGAGCACGACGACGCCGAAGCAGCUCGACGCGCUUGUGAACCAGCUGGACAAGGAGGUGAGCAGCAACGAGUACUGCAUAUACCUGGUGACGAAGCCGCCCAAGUACGUGCUCAAGCAGAUCGCGCAGGAGCUGAGCUGCAGCGAGAGCCUGGUGCAAAGCGACCUGCUGGCGAGCGGCUCGAUCAUGAGGACGCGCUCUAACCUGUCGAACGCGAACUACGCGAGCUCGCACGCGACGAUGAACGGGGAGUUCAACAGGAGCCUGUUCUGCAACAACGGAAUGGUGCUGAGCAACAUACCGCUCUCGAAGAACUGCACAGUGCUGCUGUCAGUGCCGAUAAAGGACAUAGGGCUGUUCAACGCACUGUACGCAGACGGAGAGGAGAGAGGGGGCGAAGAUGAGAGGGCGUUUUCGCAUAUGUCGAGCAUAAACACGGAGACGAGCGGAUUAAACAGAGGUGUUGACUACCCGAGUUUGAACGCAAUGAACCCGAACGGGACGUUGAGCGCAUCGCAGCUGAAUCAAAGGGGGAGUCUUUUGCAUAACAACAUGAUGACAACGAGGUCGAGCAACGUGACCCUGAGGAAUUCGACGAGUAGCGCGGGAGCAGACGGGAUGCCGCAUAUCAGAAACAACAGAGUGACGAACAUCAACGAAAGCAUAGUAAACAAUAACAUAAUAUGCCAGGUGCUGAGUCCGCACCCGUCGCACAAGCUCCUGCUAUUCACGUCCACGGUGAGAAUAUACAACAAGUCGGGAAUGCCAGUGGUGAUGUGUUUCCUGGACUACGGAUUCAACCACCAGUACAUGUACAACCUGAACGAGAGAACGAUACCGUGUAACCUGCUUAACCAGAACGACAUGCAGAACUUUAAGCAGUACACGGCGGGAAACAUAUACUCAGACCAGAGCGAAGUGAGCAGGCACAGCACAGUCAACGGCCCGGAGAACGACGAGGGCUACUUCGUGGUGAUUCCGAACGACCACAUGCUCUCGGUGCCGGAAAACGUGUUUCUGGCGGACUCGCAGAUCAUAUUCUCGUUUAAGCCACUCUACAGAGCGAAGGACAGAGAGGACACUAGUGAGCUGUUCAGUAGGCUUAAGAGGAGCAUGGACAAGGAGCCGAGUCUGAAGCAGUACUACAACAAGCUGGUCAACACGACGGGCUGGUGCAAGAUGGUCGACAGCUCGCACCACUCAGGCACGAGAGUGCGCCAGUGCUACUGCCCGGACCUGGGCAAAAACGGCUUCCUGUACUUCGUGGUGAGCGUGGACAACAAGAGGUCUUCUCUGCCGGCGAACAUAAACGUCUCGGAGAUCGUGAUUUACCCCUCGAUCUCGGUGAUGAACACGCUGCCAAUAGACCUGGACAUAAAGCUGCUCUCGAAGGACUACAACCUGCAGGCGACGAAGCACGCGAGGGACUCGCAGGCGAAGGACGACAUCACGUACAAGCUGAACAGGAAGGGGAUACUGCACAUAUACUCAGUGCCGCCGAACGAGUCGCUGGCGCUGUACAUACGCCUGAGCGCAAGCGCGCUCGAGGACCUGAAGGCGGCGGACGGAAAAAACGUGACGAGCGAGUGGUGCAGCAGAAUCGACAACAUCUACGGAAACAGCGACAGCAGAAGCACCUUCAGCGUCGCAGUCAACGGGAGCGUGCUGGAGCUGGAGCUCAUCAGGUUCGCAGGAGCGCUGCCAGUUAACAACCUGUGCAUACAGGGGCACCUGAGCCUCAUCAUAAACGCGCCCUGGCUCUUCAUAGACAGGACGGGGCUGAGCCUGGUGCCGCAGCACUACAACAGAGUAUUCACGCUGAACAACCUGUCAUUCCUGUACGACAAUAACAAUAACAACUAUAAGCUCGUCUCGCUGAAUAGCCCGGGAGCCGCGAGGUACAGCCUCAGGCUGGACAGAAGGUACAGCUCAAGCAGGCACGGGGAGGCCGGCUUCAGGGCGGACGAGUACUUCGACGACGCGGAGUACGACAUCAAGAUGCCGAUCAUAGGAGGCUACGGCUACACGUCGAUCGAGAUCAAGGGCAAGCGGCACUGCGUGUGCCUGAUCACGGAGAAGGUGUACAUCCCGGGGCUCUCGCACAUCUCGAGCAAGGUGACCUCUGCGCUGCCGGAGUACCUCUUCACGAACAACCUGGCGGAGGUGGUGUACCUGAGGAAGGACGCGAGGUCGGAGAGCAUACAGAUCAUGCCGAACUCGACGCAGUCGAUCUCGCACCUGACGAACGUUAACUACCUGCUGAGCCAGAACAGCGGGGGCGUUGGGCAGACGGGGAGGCAGGACUACAAGGAAAACUGCAUCGAGAUCAAGGUGGGAAUGGAGACGUGCUGGAGCAGCGUGAUAUACCUGAGCGAGAUAUACAGCGGCGAGACGUUCAUGUCGCUCUCGAAGGAAAACAGCUCGAAGUCGCAGGUCUACAACAUCACGAUCAUACCGAAGAACGGAAUCAAGUACAUAGCGAUCAACGCGACUGUGACGCCGGCGCCGAGCAUGCUGAGCGCGUCGGAGCGGACGAACGGCAUCAGAGGCUACCUGCUCUACAACAACUCGAGGGAGAUCAAGGUGGUGAUGAUCAGGACCUUCCACAAGAAGGACGUGAAGAACGGAGCCUGCUUCACGGCGAAGCACGGGCAGGUGAUCAACUUCGGCUGGCCGAACCCGUUCGUGCACAAGUCGAAGCUGGUGCAGGUGCUGCUCUGGCUCGACAAGAACACGGUCGCGCCGAGCAAGCCGCUGAUCUUCAACUUCUCGACGCCCUCGUUCAGGUUCAGGAGAAUAGAGCUGACGACGCCGGAGUACCACACGAACUACAACAUCACGAUCCUGGCCGAGAACAGAAUCGACUACUACAUCAUCAUAAUAAACCCGAACGCGGGAUCUCCGCAGUCGCCACUGGCCCACGUGAGCACGUCGGCCACUACACAAGCGAGUCUCGACGAGAUCGACGACAACGUGCUGCUGGACAACAAGCACAUCAGCGACCUCAGGAACGAGGACAUGUACGUCUUCGACGAGGAGGCCGCGAUCAGGAGUUACCAGGUGGUGCUGCAAAUCAGCCAAAUAGGAGUGAGCAUCGUGUCGCAGAGCCAGCACGAGGAGCUCUUCUUCCUGGAAAUGGGAGGCAUCAUGAGCCUCUUCAUGUGCAAGGAGGACCACCAGAGGCUGGAGCUGAAGAUAACGGACGUGCAGCUGGACAAUCAGACUGAGCUGGAGAUGGGAAAGACGAUCCUGGUUAACAGGUCGAAGGUGGAGACGUCGGACGCGAACUUCCUGCAGGUGUACAUCGACAGACCCUUCAGCAACUGCAAGGACAUAUCGAUCAAGAAGAUGUUCGUCUCGCUGGACGACCUGCAGGUGGACUUCAACGACCUCCUCUUCACGAAGAUGCACAGCUACUACAAGGAGUGCAUGAUAAACCUUCACUCCAGCGUCAAUAGAGGCGCUGACGGUGGUGGUGACCGCCGAGGCGGCAGCCGUCCUGGGUUACAUAAGGGAGGGAGGAUUGACAUUGAGGUGAUCGAGGGCUGGCUGAACAUGGAGAAGAACAGCCCGACGAGCAGCAUAGAGGUGAACGUGAGUCUUCCGCGAAGCAUAAGCAUCGACUACCUCUACAUCGAGGCCUUCAGCCUCGUGGUCUGGUGCUGCUUCGAGCUCGAGAAGCUGCACAUGCUGGGCGACCUGCUGCGAGUGGGCCUGCGCAUCCUGAGCGUCUCGAGGAACUUUGAGCUCAUGGGCGCGCCGAUCAGCUUCCAGCGCGAGUACGUGACGAUCAGCCGCACGAGCGUGCUCUCCUUCUGGGAGCAGAUGAAGGACAAGUACCUGCAGGCAUCGCUCUCGUGCAUAGGCUCAAUCCUGGGCUACAGCAACCUGCUGAACAUCCCGAAGCUGCCGCUGACGGUGGGCAGGUGCACAAUAGAGCUGGCGGCGGACGCAGUCGACUCAGUGUCCUCGGGCCUGGGCCUGGUGCUCUCGAAGUUCACCUUCGACAAGGAGUACAUGAAGAAGAGGUCGACGGCCAGGGAGGUGACGAGCAUCAAGGACGGCCUCUUCAGCGCAGGGAAGACGAUAGGGGAGGGGCUCUUCAGCCUCACGAACAUAGUGACGAAGCCGAUCGAGGGCGCGCAGAAGGAGGGCGUGGAGGGUUUCAUCAAGGGGCUCGGGAAGGGGCUCCUGGGCUCCAUAGUGAAGCCGAUAGACAAGGUGGGAAUAGCAGUCUCGCAGGUGUCGCGAGGCAUCAAGGCGAACAUCUCGAAGGAGGAAAAGUUCCUCGUCGACCAGUGCAGGAAGCCGAGGAUGCUCUGGGGCGAGUUCGCGCAGAUCAGAGGCUACUCGGCGCAGGACGCCGAGAUCAGGGACCUGCUGGGCGUCAAGUACGCGAAGCACAUCAUGGACUGCCUGCUCAUCAUCAGGCAGCAGACGGGGAGCAAGGCGAAGCAGGUGGCGCUGCUCUUCUACCCGUCGAAGGUGUACCUGGUGGACCUGUCGCAGUCCCACGGGAGAAAACCAUACACCAUUUGGAAACUUCAAAUCACUAACAUAACUGAGGUCAGAGCAUCAUCGCAUGGAGUCAUUAUAAAAUGUGGGCUUGAGCAGUAUCAAGUGCCGUGCACAAGAGCAGACAUGAUAAGCAACAUCCACAACAGUUUUCAGAGAGCAAUAAAACACGCGUCGUCGCAAAUAACAUUGGGGCCCGAGUUGUUUAUUAGCGCCUGA